GCCACGUUGGAGUAAGCGGAGGAUCCCGAACCGUCAACAUGUCCUGUCUUCACAUCAGAGGGAUUUUUCUCACUCUGUGUUUGGCUCCAACUGCUUUAUCGAGCCUGCAUCCUGAAUGUGAGUACAUAUUUCAGCUGGAGAAAGAGGAGCGCAACUGCCUUGAGUACAUUGCAGCGCAGGCCAACGGCAGCCAUGAAGGUUGCUGGCCAUUCUGGGAUGCAGUUGUCUGCUGGCCUCAUGCAGUCAUUGGGGAGACUGUCAACAGAGGCUGUCCUGCCGUCUUCUCCCUCUUCAAAAACAACACAGGUUCAGUGAGCCGUAACUGCACCAGUGGAGGUUGGUCCAGGCCCUUCCCACCGUACCACAUUGCCUGUAGCGUGGAUGAUGACAUUCCUGAGACAGAAGAGUCGUACUUUGCCACUGUGAAGCUCAUAUACACCAUUGGCUACAGCAUUUCUCUUGUGGUGCUGGCUGUUGCUGUGUUGAUCCUGUUGCUCUUCAGGCGGCUACGUUGUGCCAGGAACUUCAUUCACAUCCAGCUGUUCAUUACGUUUAUCCUGAAAGCUGUGGCUGUGUUCAUAAAGGAUGCUACUCUAUUCUCAAGUGACGACAUCAACCACUGCACCUUUUCCACAUUUGCCUGUAAGGCCUCCGUGGUCUUCUGUCACUAUUGUGUAAUGGCAAAUUUUUUCUGGCUCCUGGUGGAGGCGCUCUACCUCAAUUCCCUACUGCUCUCCUCCUUCUAUCACAGCCGGCGAUGCCUCUGGGGCUUCAGCCUGCUGGGAUGGGGUGUCCCUGUGCUCUUCAUCAUCCUGUGGAUUGGAUCAAGAGUGUAUUUCGAAGACACAGAAUGCUGGGACAUCAACGAGGACUCGCCCUAUUGGUGGAUCAUCAAGGGACCGAUUGUUGUGUCUAUAGCGGUCAAUUUCAUGCUGUUUGUAAACAUCAUCAGAAUCCUGAUACAGAAGCUCAACCCUCGACUGAUCCAGUUUAAUAACUCGUCUCAGUACAGACGCCUGACUAAGUCCACCCUCCUCCUCAUCCCUUUGUUCGGCACUCACUACAUGUUCUUCAAUUUUCUGCCCGACUACUUCAGUAUUAACCUGCGCCUCUGUAUUGAGCUCUGCAUGGGAUCCUUCCAGGGGCUCCUUGUGGCAAUUCUCUAUUGCUUUCUCAAUCAAGAGGUUCAGAAAGAGGUCCACAUGCAGUGGCUGAGGUGGCAGGAGGGAAGCUACGGGGUGGUAUCGCCCGCUGCAAAGGGCAGCCAGAUGGACACGCCCUUCUAGAGCGCUCCGAUAUGUCUUCAACUUCUUCUCUUCUCAACUACUGUUUCACAGAGGAUCGCUGAAGCGCAUGUCAUCAUCUCUAAUGGGGCUGUACAGUACGCACAAUACCAGUGACAAUGCACCAGAGAGUCAGUUUUCAUUCCAAACUCUGUGUGACAGAGUGUUUCACCGGCUGCACUCCUUCAGCCAGGACCCGGGAAAUUGAGGUGAACUUUCAAGUAGAGAAUCAUUCUGAAAUUCCCAUGACAUACACACACACACACACACACACACACACACACAAACACAUAGACAGACAGGCAUCUCAAGACAGCUCCUGACAAUUUUAUAUGCAUUUCCCAAAGGGCAUGGUGGCAACGCAUUUAGAAAGAUCAGCUUUUAGAUUUCCUCAGAGGCCUCACUGGUCAAACUGAAGAUAAUUUUGCUGAGCUGGAAGCUUUGCCGAAUUAGUAAAUAACUAUCAAUUAGCCAGCAAAAUGACUCCCUGGAUAUAACUACACAUGAUCUUGCCUCUUGCACAUUUCACUGCACAUUAUGUAGCACAGUAAGUUUGAGUCCAUUAAUCUUAGAUGCUUUCGAUCAUAUGAUAUUCAAGAUAGAAUUUGUCUUAUGAAGCUGUGGCCUAACUAUCUAGUGACGCACAAAUGGUUCAUCUCUCAGCUGACUCACAUGACAAUAAAAAGGGAUCAUUUUAUAAAUUUAUGUUAUCAUUCAUAUUAUAUUAUUCCUGUUAUCUCAGACUGUGGGAUCGUUCUGACUUGUAUGUUUGUGCUCUCUUGUGACCUUUGUACUUGUAUUCAAUUCAUUUAUUUGUUUAUUGAUUCAUUCGCAGCAAGAAUAAAGCUAAAAAUGGAAUACUUUCAGUGAUUGUGGUGUUGUGGAGUGCAGCUUAAUAAAUGAAUACCUUUGUGUA